CCUGUUUUGAUACUGCGUUGCUGUUUUAUUUUCGUUACCUGUUAAUUCGAGACAGUUGAAAAAGGAAGCACACGUCGACCAGCACUGAGAUUUAUUUCACGUGGAGGUUUUUGGAUGAAGUUAAGAGCGGUGAAAGAGCCGCGAAUCAAGGAUGUCUUCAGGCGCAUCACGCGCGACGACAUCAGGAUGCUUUACAAGCACAGCAAGCACCUGAGUGGACGAUACAAGAAGUCCGCACAUCACUUUGUCUGGCUCCUCUGUCUUUGGGUUCACCUCCUGCCUCAAGUGGAUGGCUUCUUUAUGUCUGACACUAAGGCUGUCCUGCAAGGGUGUGAUGACCACUGGACUUUCCAGGAGCAGGGGCGUAUGCCUGUGCUCUUUCAAACUACGGUAUGUGUGGACAUACAGGUCCUUUCCCCAGGCGAGUGGACAGCAUUUAGCUAUGUCUCAGCACCUGCACCCCGCUAUGAACUCGCCCUGCAAGGGGAUGCAAACAGCCUGUACGCCUGGCUGUUGGGUGUACGGCACCAGUUCACUGUCCAGCUGACCAUUCGUCACUGGUACCACAUAUGUCUACGGUGGGAUGCCCCUCGUAAAAGCUUCAGCCUGACGAUAGGUGGUAACUCAGAAGUAUACCAGCGGACCGCCAUUGCCCGAGCAAUCCCUCCUUCAGGGCGUCUUCUGCUGGGAUGCCAACCAAAUGAAGCCUCCCUUGUGGCGAAAAUGGCCACCGUGGAGCUCUACCUGUUUCGCAUAUGGGACGAUGUUGGAGAGCACAGGGCCUGUGAGGACGGGACAGUGAUUGGCUGGGACUCACGACUUUGGGCCAUCACACGAGCCCAGGCUAGAGUCCAAGAUUAUACGUUGCAAUGUGGUCUAAGGCAUCUGCGUAUGAAACGCAGUGCAGACAAAACUACAGCCCCAUACACAUCCCAAGGUUCUGCCAGCACCCGAGAGUUUGUCUCGACAUCUAGUCCACUCUACUUGAUGUUGACUUCAAUAAUUACCGGUUCACAGAAAAUCACCACCCAACAAGGUCAAGGACAGAACUUUCAAUCUUCGAGUCUGGUUGUAAACAUACCCUCUGCUUCAACUUCACAAGCCAGAACCACAUCAGAUCCUGCAGGACUCGCCACAACAAUUUAUGAAACUUCAAUGACUCUUCCCCUCACAUCAACUAUCACAUUAAGCACUAUUACACCCACUAUUCAAACUGGUUCAGCUGUUAAUAACACAACUACUGUGUCAAAUGCAAGUGGAUUAAACAGGUUACCUUCAACUCCAGCCUCAUCUACAUCUUACAUAACUACUAAAACUACACAGAGCACUUCAAUAUCUGCCCAGACACUUUCAAGCAAUCAUGUUAGCCAUCCAAUUGGUACUUUUGAAACAACAGUCAAUCAUACGACAGCAAGCUCUUCUGCUGCACCAACUGUCGUGGCUCAAGUAACCAAUCAGACAGCGGUUCUACGAACAAUGACGUCCAAUGCAUUAUUCACAGAGCCAUUUGCAGUACAGUGUAACUUUUCCCAGUACUGCACUAAUGAAUCAUCAUACUACUGGAUGCUUGUGGAGGUGAAUGGCUCUAAUAUGACAGAGGGAGAGAUUCAGAUUUGGCCAUUUGCAGUACAGUGUAACUUUUCCCAGUACUGCACUAAUGAAUCAUCAUACUACUGGAUGCUUGUGGAGGUGAAUGGCUCUAAUAUGACAGAGGGAGAGAUUCAGAUUUGGUUUUUAGAUCUUUUUAAUAAAAGCACCUGUUCUGCUGGAGUUUCAACAACAGGAAUCAAUACAACAUCGUGCCAAACUCACAUAGUCUUUGUGACUGCUGAGGUUAGAUGUGAAGCCAAGCAGAACAUCCAAAAAACAAACUGCACUGUGCUGCUACAGCUGAGCCAACCUGUUAAUAUGUGCAUCCUCCGAAGGCUGGUGCAAAACGGGACUGUAAACCCAUCAAUCCAGAUCCAGCUUCUGGGAGAUGUAGAAAGAGUGGGUAAAGGCUUGUGCCCAGAGGACAAUAAGUCGCCCCCUGGAGAUGGUUUAGUGCACUGCACAUCUCUAAUGUCUUAUGAUGAUUUCUGCAAGACCCAAGGGCCUGUCAGUGUCACAUGUUCUUAUAAGGAAAAUGGCUUUGUUCCUAAAGACUUGAUUGCUAAUCAAUCCUGCAACGUUGAGAACCAACAACAUUGUGAGUGUCAUGUGUCUACCAACAACGAGACAUAUUAUGCUGUUCGUCUAAAUAUUAGAAGCCCAGAUGUGAAUUUCUCCUACAUUCAGAACAUGGUUAUACAGUUGAGCACUCCCUGCAACAACUCCAAAAUGCAAGGGUCUCUGUGUAAUUCUUUUACUGAAGUAUCCCAGUUGUAUCAGGGAAUGCACUUGGAAUGUUUUGGUGAAGGAACAAGGUAAGUUGUACUGUCAUGUGUGUUUAUGUGUGUCUGCAU